CGAUGCAGUAGCAGCCUAAAUCUUUAUCUACCAUGUCGGUUGGAAACUAUCAGAUUGGGCAGCCAGCACCAGGCUGGAAAGCAACGGCUCUUGUGAAUGGAGAUUUCAAAGAGAUCAGUUUGUCAGACUACAAAGGGAAAUACUUGGUCUUCUUCUUCUACCCCCUUGAUUUCACCUUCGUCUGUCCGACCGAGAUCAUUGCGUUCAGCGAGCGUGCAGCGGAGUUCCGUGCGAUCAACUGCGAGGUCGUUGCUUGCUCCGUCGACAGCCAUUUCUCGCAUCUGGCAUGGGUGAACACACCUCGCAAGCAGGGAGGCUUGGGAAAUAUGAACAUCCCCAUCGUGUCGGAUCUGACCAAGAGCAUCUCUAAAAACUAUGGCGUGCUGUGCGAAGAAGUAGGCGUUGCUUUCCGUGGCUUGUUCAUCAUCGAUGAUAAGGGGCGGGCUCGCCAGGCCACCGUUAACGACCUGCCGGUCGGCCGAUCGGUGGACGAGACUCUGAGGCUUGUGCAGGCCUUCCAGUUUACGGACAAGCACGGAGAGGUUAAUCGCACACAAACGCUCAUAAGCACGCGUUUAUAG